CGCUCUGAACUUUACCCGUUGCAUUAGUAAGCAUGUUUUAGUCUGAGUGGCUUCCAUUAAACUCUCUUGAUAGCUGUUUACUUUGCCUAUUCCUGACGGUCAGUCACUGAGAGUGAAAUGGUGUACUAAACGAGUGAUUCAACCCAAAAGGAUUUGUCUUUAAGUUUUUUAAAUAUAUAACCUGUCAACGUGCUAGCGGGAUAGCUAGCACUCGUAGCUUCCUGCAGGUGGAAACAAGAGGACGUGAUUGUGCCAUGGUGUUUUUAUACAUGUCAUUCUAAGUCAUUAACAUUGCAUUUAGGAUCUUUCAUGGCAGCUCGCCACCCCUUCACAGACACUGAUACUUCCGAUGAAGCAGUUCGAGCGACGUGUGACGACGCCACGGCUUGCAAAAGGUUUGCUAUCAGUAAAGGAUACUGGACAGACCCUUAUAUCCAGUAUUUUGUCAGAUCUGUCGGCGAGCGAAAAGCACCUGAAAUCAACAGAGGAUACUACAGCCGCGUGAAAGGUGUCAACCAUCUCCUUGAUGCAUUUAUAAGAAAAACAAAAUGUGACUGUCAAGUGAUUAACCUUGGUGCCGGCCUGGACACCACCUUCUGGAGACUUAAGGAUGAAAACAUCUUGCCGAGGAAGUUCUUUGAGGUUGAUUUUCCUACUGUUGUGGCCAGGAAAAUACACUAUAUAAAGACUAAACCACCCUUAUCCAAGCCUGUCAUCGAAACACACUCAACUGACUCCUUGCUACUAGACGCCCACAGUCUUGACUCGGAUCGGUAUUGCAUCAUCGGAGCAGACCUCAGAGACAUUGCUACUUUGUAUGAAAAACUGAAGAAGUUCCAGCUUAACCCCGAGUUGCCUACAUUGCUCUUGUCGGAGUGUGUGCUUGUCUACAUGACGCCCGCCCAGUCCUCCAGUUUAGUUCACUGGGCUGCAGACACCUUUCACACGGCCAUGUUCAUUAACUAUGAACAGGUGAACAUGAACGACCGUUUUGGCCAAGUAAUGAUCGAAAACCUGCAGCGGCGUCAGUGCACGCUGGCGGGAGUCGAGGUCUGCCGGUCUCUGGACUCUCAGAAGGAGCGGUUUCUCCUGUCGGGUUGGGAUCAUGCCGAUGCUCUGGACAUGGUGACAGUGUACAGUAUGCUUCCUCAGGAUGAAGUGGAAAGCUCCUAUUCUCACAGAAUUGAGCGUCUGGAGUUCCUGGAUGAGAAGGAGUUGUUGCAGCAGCUCCUGCAGCAUUACAGCAUCUGCUGGGCCACCAAAGACAAGCUCAGACUAGGUUUGUCACAGUUGGCGUUUUGACAGAACAUGACCAGAAGAAAGUCUGGAUUUGGGCUCACACGCUCCUUUUGGGAUUUGUCGUGAACCAAGCCGUGUUAUCGACGCCCUAUGGCUUAGAGCUAAGAAUUUUGAUGCACAUGAAUGUUUUAUUAGUAAAUUACAAAAUGUCAGCAUUUGCAGAAUGACUGGUGCGUUGUCCUUUUUGUGUCAUUUUACAUUUUAUUUAUUGGUAGAUUUUCUCACUCCUGCAUCUUUUAAUAAAUGCUUCAAGCAAAAGUAGUGCUGAACUGCAAACUCAUACAUUUUCCUACAAAAUGUUCAGUUUAGGACAGAGACGUUUUGUUGCAAUGCUAUGCACAGUUGAAUAAAUGUUUGUUUUGCUAAA